GAGAAACACAGAUUCAAGUAUAGUGGUCUUCUCUUUGGGAGCCAACAAUCCUAGCAAUGGCUGACCCUAGACUUGCCCUAGCCUCCCUCUUUGUCUCCAUUCUGAUGCUUUCCAUGGCCCAUCCCUUCUUUGCAUGUCCCACUCGUUGUGAAAGUGAGAUAAAAAUGCAGAUGUAUUUGCACCAGGUGGUGUCCGGACCAACCCACAACCAAGAAGUUGUGUUUAAGUCUACUCCCCCUAUAGAGUUUGGUAGGACGGUUGCUUUUGAUUAUACUCUACUUGAUGCACCUGCACCGGACGCCAAAAUUAUUGGUCGUGCCAAAGGAACCCAUGUCCAGGCUGACCAGGUCAAUGCUGGAGAUUUCUCCCAUUUCAGUAUGAUAUUCCAGCAGGGACGGUUUACUGGUUCAACAUUUCAAGUUAUGGGGAUGACUCCUCCAAAUGGAGUUUGGGCAAUUGUUGGCGGCACCAAUGAACUAGCGAUGGCACAAGGUAUCAUCCAGUUUGCAAUAGUCAAAGGGACUCCAAACGUGGAGAGCUAUAGAGAACUUAAUAUUACUGCCUUCAUUCCAACAGUUAGCAUUGCAACUGGUAGCUUCGUCCAAUACUUUGACAUUUAAACCGUUUCAAUGCACAAAACGUUAUCUUGUAACUAUGUGAUAAGUUAUGUCAUGGAUUCGGUGAAGUUUUAUAUCUGAAAUAACACAUGGACGUAAAGCAUAUAGGAUACUAUAGUAUUCAUAUGCUCCAUGUUAGUUGUUCUGUGUAAGAAAUGUAUUGCACUCUAUUGUACAUUUAAUUCAGCUCGUAUCUUAAAUAUAUGUGAAGACCAUAAAGAUUGUUUGAA